AUGCCUCUACACAGCCGAGUCAAAGUACCAAGGGUAGCAACAACUGCCAAAGCUCCAGAGCCCGUCGUUCGUGACGUCUCCGACUGGGAAGUCUUUACUGACGAAGAGUCGGAAAGCGAGGUAUCGCAAAACACUGUUGACUUUAUCGCACCUCCUCCCCCUUACAAGGUCGACGACCCCAGGCCUGUCUUCACCAGGCCCACGUUGGGUAGACCGCUUACGGACAGGCCUAUUGUAGAGAGGCCUGUCCCAGAAAAGCGUCAAUCCUCAUGGCGGUCAUGGCUUAGCCGGGACAAAGGUGUUGUUGUCCCUGAGCAACCGGAGGAACCUCUACGAAGUGAGAAGAAGGUGAAGCGUCAUCGAUCUGACCCAGAGCCCGCUGCUGAUGAGCGAGAUGCUCGGAGGUCGGAACGUCGUCGCCGACACAAGGAGCAUGAGGAGCGUGGUCGCGUUGAAAGGGAACGUCUGCCUCGAGAGAGUGCUCGAGAGGCUAGCCCAAGCAGGCAGAGACGAUCCAAGCGACGUGAGGGGGAGGAGAAGGAAGAGCGACCUGACGACAAGGAAGCUCGUCGGCUCUCACGGAAACUUGGUGGUCGCUGUGAUGACGACUAUGAAAAGGCACGAGAACGACGCCGUGCUGAGAGAGAACGCCCUCCAAUGGAAAAGAGACAUUCAACAUCUUACUCAAUUCGACAUCGCGAGUAUGACACCGGUGAGAAGGAGAGGAGAUCCUCGCGUGUCGACAAUGAGAAGCGACACCACAAGAGCAGCCGUGAGCCCUCACGAGUUUCGCGACAUGAGACUCCCCGAGUCGACGAGGAAAUGGAAAAAGAGGCCCGACGAGCAGAGCGUCGACGACUUCACAGUGAACGCAAAACGUCUACUCCAAUGAAGGGCGUGGAUGUGGAACAUGUGGUCAAGGAGCGUUCUUACACCAGAAGCGCUGACCCCAACGAGAGACGUGAGGAGAGGCGCAAAGAGAGACGCCUCAGCCAGAGCUUCAGCCAAAUGGAGAGUGAGAGUCGAAGACAUCGACACCGCGAGCCCGACCCUACGCGAAUUUCAUCCAAGAGCAGGCAUUCUGACCCCGAGAAGGAGAGGUUGAGGAUGGAAGAGAAAGAACGAAUUAGACAAGAAGAACGCGCCAGAGAUCGGGAACGCGAAAAGGAGAAUGAGCGCGAGAGACAGAGGUUAGAGGAUAAGAGGAAGGCUGAGGAGAAGAAGCGAAUUGAAGAGAUGGAGAAAGAGCGUGAGAGGGAGAGAAUGGAAGAGGUGAAGAAGGCUGAAGACAGAAAACGCGCUGAGGAAAAAGCAAUUGAGCGCGAGAGGAGAAAGGUCGAAGAGAAGAAGAGACUGGAAGAAAAGAAGGCCGAGGAGAAGAGACGCCUUGAAGAGAAGAAGAGGUUGAUCGACGAGAAGCGACGACAGGAGGAGAAGAAGAAGCGCGCUGAGAGCAAGCGCAAGGCCGAGGAGCGUGAACGCGAAAGACUAGAGGAGGAGAAGAGGCUCGAGGAAGAGCGAUUAAUUGAAGAGGAGAGAAAGAUGGAGGAGCGAAGACGCGCUGAAGAGAAGCGCAAGGCCGAUGAGAAGAAGAAGGCGGAAGACAUGGCCAAGGAGCGCAGAAUCGCUGAGGCCAAGAAGCGUGCUGAAGAGAAGGCUCUUGAGCGAGAGAAGCGCGUCGCUGAGCGCAAGGAAAAGGAAGCUCGACGUGUCCACCGCAAGCAACAGAAGGAGGACCAGAAGCGAAAGGAGGCUCUCAUCGAGGAGCAAGCAGCCAAGCCUGCCAUCCUCGGUCCCAACAAGUGGCCCGCCCCCGGAGCCCGUCUCGGUCCCGGCCUCGGACCCAUGCGCUUCUCUACAGCUCCCGCGGCAGCACCAGCACCAGCACCAGUUCGCAAGCCCGCUCCUCAGGCAGCUGACUCGGACGACUACAGUGACAGUUCAGACAGCGACAGCGGCGUCGACUAA